GUGACGCCUGGAACAAGACUUUAAGGCUUUCUGUCCUCCAUGCUGCUCACCAGAAAAGAGGCCCUAAACUGACGAGAAAGGGCUGCCUUGUUUUUGCCAUCCCCCAGCGGUAGACUCCGCAUCUGAAUUCUUCCAGCAGAGAUAACCCCAAAUGGCAACAGACCUUUCCAGAGAGCUACAGUCAUGAGCCACUGGUCUGGUGUACUUACUGGGAGCCAUCUCUAGUGGACCUGGUGCUCUCUCCGUGGCUGACAAGAAGCAUUUCUGGCCCAGCUGGAAGUGAGAAGAAAGGGUGAAUCUCCUGAAGACCAUCCCAGAGGCAGUGGGAUCACCCAACAAUCCUCCAUGUGAAUUAAUCCCAUGAUGCAACAUGCCUCCCCAGCCCCAGCUCUGACAAUGAUGGCCACGCAGAAUGUCCCUCCCCCACCCUACCAGGACAGCCCCCAGAUGACAGCCACUACCCAGCCACCUUCCAAGGCCCAGCCUGUCCACAUCUCAGCACCCUCAGCUACCGCCAGCACGCCUGUGCCCAGUGCCCCCAUCGAUCCCCAGGCCCAGCUGGAGGCUGACAAGCGAGCUGUGUACAGGCACCCUCUUUUCCCGCUUCUGACGCUGCUGUUUGAGAAAUGUGAACAGGCCACCCAGGGCUCUGAGUGCAUCACCUCCGCCAGCUUUGACGUGGACAUCGAGAACUUUGUCCACCAGCAGGAGCAGGAACAUAAACCCUUCUUCAGCGAUGACCCGGAACUGGACAAUCUGAUGGUGAAGGCAAUCCAGGUCCUGAGGAUCCACCUGCUAGAGUUGGAGAAAGUCAAUGAACUCUGCAAAGACUUCUGCAACCGUUAUAUCACCUGCCUCAAAACCAAGAUGCAUAGCGAUAACCUGCUCAGGAAUGACCUCGGGGGCCCCUACUCCCCCAACCAGCCCUCCAUAAACCUUCACUCACAGGACCUCCUGCAGAAUUCCCCCAAUUCCAUGUCUGGAGUCUCCAAUAAUCCCCAGGGGAUUGUGGUCCCAGCCUCAGCACUCCAGCAGGGCAACAUCGCCAUGACAACGGUCAACUCACAAGUCGUGUCAGGUGGAGCCUUAUAUCAACCGGUUACCAUGGUAACCUCCCAAGGUCAGGUGGUCACCCAAGCAAUCCCCCAGGGAGCCAUCCAGAUCCAAAAUACGCAGGUUAACCUUGACCUCACCUCCCUCCUGGACAAUGAGGAUAAGAAGUCCAAGAACAAACGAGGAGUCUUGCCCAAGCAUGCCACCAAUAUAAUGCGUUCUUGGCUCUUCCAGCAUCUCAUGCACCCCUACCCCACAGAAGACGAGAAGAGGCAGAUUGCGGCCCAGACAAACCUCACCCUCCUGCAAGUUAACAACUGGUUCAUCAAUGCUCGGAGGCGCAUCCUGCAGCCCAUGCUUGACGCCAGCAACCCAGAUCCUGCUCCCAAAGCCAAGAAAAUCAAGUCUCAGCACCGGCCCACCCAAAGAUUCUGGCCCAAUUCCAUUGCUGCCGGCGUCCUGCAGCAGCAGGGUGGCACCCCAGGGACGAACCCUGAUGGUUCCAUCAACUUGGACAACCUGCAGUCCCUGUCCUCCGAUAACGCCACCAUGGCCAUGCAGCAGGCCAUGAUGGCUGCGCACGACGACUCAUUGGAUGGAACCGAAGAAGAGGAUGAAGAUGAUAUGGAAGAGGAAGAAGAGGAGGAGGAGGAGUUGGAGGAGGAGGCAGAUGAGCUGCAGACAACGAAUGUCAGCGACCUGGGCUUGGAACACAGUGACUCCCUGGAGUAGUCAGGCAGCCCAGGUGGCACUGGUCACUGAGCAGGAAAGGAGUGUCAUCAGGAGGGUUCAGGGUGGGAGGGAGGGGAUAUGGGCAGGCAGCACCAAGAAAGUUGGGCCCUAGCUUCCCCGAAUCAUAGCUUGAAGAAAUGCAGAGGCAACACCCUGCUCCUUCUUCCCGACCACCACGCUUCCAUGAACACCUACUUCCAGACCCUCGGACUGCAGGGCACUCCAUUGCCGGGGCCAGUCAGCCUGUGCAGGAAGGCAGAGUGAGAUCUGGACUCACCAAAUACCCGAAGAAGGGUGGCACCCAUGGCUCCACACGGAAAAGGACUUGGGUUGUUUACAAGCCCUGCCCUGUGAGGUGGACAGGUGCUGUUUGCAGAGUGGACAUUUGCCAAGGGGCAGACUUGGAGGGAAGGGUGAGGGGGGGGUCUAACAUUUCCCCCCAGGAGAAUCUGAGCUCCCUUGAAAGAUACUCAAGGAUGGUCCAUAUGCAUAACUGGUGGUGGCCAGAGGAGGAGGGCCUGAGUCAACACCGUAUCCUACAGGUCUGAGUGGGACGCAGACUGCACAGGGCUCCAGCCUGCCCCACUAGGACCCUGUCUCUUAGCACAGCAGCCAUGGACUUAGGAGAGGGGGAUGGAAGCCCAAAGAGACUCCUUUCUCUUGGAAAUGCAUUGUCAGUGGGUCCAACUGGAAGAGCUUAAGAGCAGCUUUCCAUCUGGGUCAGCUCUAGGACCAAGCAGGCGGCAGAACCUAGAUCGGGAGCCAUACUAAGAUGACUUUGGGGACCACAUCUGUCCCGAGGCGAUCACAUCACAUCUCCUGUAACGAUAGGACCUUGACGUUUUACCCUAGAUACUCCUCUCCUCAGAUGGAGUUCUUCAGAUAGCCCAGCCCCUCUGUGACCCUCCACAGGUCCCCAUGGUAUCCCUCUGCUCCCAGGCUGGUACCGCCAGCCUCUAGCCUCCUUCUCCAUUCCAUCCUCCAGAGAAGGCAGAAGACACAUCGGAAAGAAGCUUUAUCCCUAUGGGAAGCCGGGGGCUGAAGAGGUGCUGCUGCUCUUGCCCUUAGUACCAACAUGGCAGGAGGAUGGUGGACAAACUGAUCUGCACACACUAUUGGGCUCGGCUCUGAAGGAACUGGGGGCUCCUGGGAGGAGGCUACCCACCAUCCGCCCUCACACACGCCCUCCAAGCCCAACUCGGAGGGCCCACGAUUGGCACCCACUCCUCCUGUCCCCUCCUAUUCUAUGGCUAUGAAUGGCAGGACUGAUCACGUGUGUGUUUUCCAUUGGGUUUAAUGUGAUGGACGUGCAGUUUCAUUUGUGAGUGUGCAUUAGCCAUCUCCUUCAGUGCUAGGACAUGAGUGGCUAUCGGGCUCAACCUGAGGAGACCCUUGGGACCUUCCGGGCCUCCCCUCUUCUACCUGGUUGGGCGGAGCAAAAGGAUAGUCACUUUUCUGAGGUCUCCCGGAAAUGAAUGUAUUUCUCCCCCAAAAGAGCUGAUAUUUAAUGUUUUACUAGGGAUUUUUGAGAAACAAAUAACCUUAUUUAUAAUCUGGGUGAUCCAAUCAUUUUUUUACUCCCUUUUGAUGCCAUACCUAGAGGAAAGGCAAGCUUUUUUUGGCGUGAGACUUUUGCAACACGCAGUGGAUAAAACGUGUUUCCUCUUCUGGUUCAUUUUUCUUGUUACAAUACAUACAUUCACGCAUAACUUCCUCUACUCAGCACCGUGACAAGCACCCUAAUCAGCACGGACAUGUGCACAUGUGUGCACAUGGAUACACAUGCCUACAUCUUCCUCCCAGCCCCUUCCACCUGCCUAAUGUUAUGCAACCUCCUUCCAAUGUAUCCACCAAACCAGUACUGAAUGUGGCCGCGAAGUUUUCAGUAAAUCUUAUCACCUACCGAAAUGCUGGUGCACAGUUCUCUCUUUUCUUGGAGGUCCUUUAUGCCUUCAGUGGGACCCUGGGCCAGACAGCAUCUGGAGCCCCAGAAUCCACCCCGUUGGACUGACCUCCCUCAGAAAGGGACAAAGUAGGGGGCUUUCAGGGUGACCUCUGGUAGCUGUCUGGAGAGGAAGAUGGUCCAGCUUGACGCUCUUUAAGUCAGAGCAUGGAGAGGACAGAGGAAGCUCUGCACUGCCCUCUCCUGACAGUUCUCCGCACUGCAGUGGAGACCUGACCGUAGCUCUCUUCCCAUGUAGACUUUUGUAUUUCCCCACUGUUGCUACCAAGUCGGUGUAGCCAUGGUCCACACAUCACUCUCAUACGUCCACCUUACUUUGAUCAAAGGUGGGAAGUCCUGGAACGUGGAAAGAGAUGCAGCCCGAGCAGCAGCUUUAACCCUCGUACUAUGUCCAUGGCAGGGUCUGCCCUAGACUCAUCUCUGCAUUCCCUGAAGCCAGGCCAAGGAUGCAGAAGGGGUCAGAAAAGUCGGAAGAUUCACAAAAAGAUAACUAAUCCAUUACAACACCACCUCCCCAAACUGGAAAGACGGAGAGCCAGGUGUGGUAGAUUAUAAAUUGUCCUAACCCUCCAGAGAUGGAGGCAGGGGAACCCAAAGUUCAAGGCCAUCCUCGGCUACAUAAUCAGUUAGCGGACAGCUUGGAAUACGGGAGACUUGCCUCAAAAAAUAAAACAUA